GCGACGAGGACGAUGGCCCGAAUGGAGCCGGCGUCCGACCCGUUUUAGGCCCGAUGGAAGCCGAGCAGGUUCCGAGUGCUUGUAUCGGUGUGGAAUAGGAAAAACAAAAAACAAACAAAAAAACAAGAAGAAGAAGAAGAGCGGGCGUGCUCAAGAUGCCGACGUCCCGGCCAGGUUCGGAGACGGCGGACUUCUGGGUGGACGGCUCGCGCAGGGACGGCACCGUGGAGGAGUUCUACACGCUCAGCUCCGAAUUGGGCAGAGGUGCGACGUCUGUGGUGUAUCGCUGCGAAGAGAAAGAGAAGAAGAAGUCUUACGCCGUCAAAGUUCUCAAGAAAACGAUCGACAAAAAGAUCGUCCGUACGGAGAUCGGCGUCCUGCUGCGUCUUUCGCACCCCAACAUCAUCCAGCUGAAGGAGAUCUUCGAGACGGACACGGACAUCGCGCUGAUUCUGGAGCUGGUGACGGGAGGAGAGCUCUUUGACAGGAUCGUGGAGCGCGGAUACUACAGCGAGAGGGACGCCGCCCACGUCAUCAAACAGAUCCUGGAAGCCGUGGCGUAUCUCCACGAGAACGGCGUCGUGCAUCGUGACCUGAAACCCGAGAACUUGCUCUACGCCGACCUCUCGCUCGACGCCCCGCUCAAGAUCGCCGACUUCGGGCUUUCCAAAAUCAUCGACGAUCAGGUGACCAUGAAAACCGUGUGCGGGACGCCGGGCUACUGUGCUCCUGAGAUUCUUCGGGGGAACGCGUACGGACCCGAAGUGGACAUGUGGUCGGUCGGCGUCAUCCUCUACAUUCUGCUGUGCGGGUUCGAGCCCUUCUUCGACGCUCGGGGGGACCAGUACAUGUACACGCGCAUCCUCAACUGCGACUACGAGUUCGUCUCGCCCUGGUGGGACGAUGUCUCGCUCAACGCCAAGGACCUGGUCUGUCCGUCCUUCCGGCCGUCACGUCGUCGUCGUCGUCAUCCGUCCCGCCGUCCGUCUUCCAUCCCAUCAAUUCAUCCGUCCAUCACAAAACCAGCAGAGGGCAGCAAAGGCGCUGUGUGCGUGUCUCAGGUGAGCAAGCUGAUCGUGUUGGACCCCAGCAAGCGCCUGAGCGUGCGCCAGGCCCUGCAGCACCCGUGGGUGCUGGGCAAGGCGGCGCGCUUCUCGCACAUGGACACGGCGCACAGGAAGCUCCAAGAGUUCAACGCCAGACGCAAACUAAAGGCGGCCGUGAAGGCGGUGGUGGCGACGGGUCGGAUGCACGAGUCGUCUCGCCGUCGCGCCGACAGCUGCGAGAUUCCCGCGUCGGGAACGUCGCGACAGAGCAGCAGCGUGCGGCGGGACGCGCCCCCCGAGACGGCCGAAGAAAAGGAGGCCGCGUCCUCGGAAAAACAAAGUGGCCCCUCCCCUUCUCCAGAACCGGACGCCGCCCCGAGCAGGCCGCCUUUGCGGGCCAAGUCGGCGGUGGCUCCGCCCAGGCCGCCCAAGAAGACCUGCUCGCUGGGGGUGCAGGCCGCGCCCGUGAGUCCGGACGCCCUGAGCAACGGCUUAACGGCGGGGGCGGAGCCUGCGGCCGAGACCGCCCGCCGCCAGUGAGCUCCCGGUGCGCAGAGACGCUAACGGUUGGCGACAAAUAAUCUUCCUGUAAAUGUUGACAAAUACUAACAACGCCUGACUUUUACUGACGAGUGCAUGCCAGAUAGAAACGGUGCACUAGCAUGCGAGCUAAUAAUGCUCAUGUCUGAAAUGUUGUCAAGUCUGUUUACAUUUUUUGUGUUCUUGCAUAGCACGUUAGCAUCCGCAGUUAGCAAGGCGGCUCGACGACAACCUUUGACGCUCGUCGACGACGGCCAAAUGAUUUUGUUUUUGUUUUUUUUUUCGUGGGAGCUGAAAACCCUCGACGAGGUUCCAGUUGCGGGUGCUAAACCGCAAGCAAUUGCAUUUUGGUUUUCUUUGUUUGCGAGGUGAGGCUCUUCUGUUUUAUUAACAUGGUAACCCUUUCUCACAAUUGAUUAUGAAUUGUCAAUGAUUAUUUAUGGGAAAAAAACUCAAGUGGACUAACAAAGCAAGCAAAGUCUUUUUGACCCGAACGAGUACGACUGGGACUGAUGAGCGUUUUGGUCCAAAACAAAAAACGCAACUGCACGGGAAAGCGACGACAAGACGUAAACGGAAAUCCGCCUUUGAGCAAGAUUGAACGUCGUCAUUUCCCAAUAAAUCCACUCACGUUCGGUCGCUUGUUUUAG